AUGGCGACUGCGACCAAAAUUGAAUUGACUACGAGUCAACGUCCGGAACAAUAUCGCGAGCCGUUGUCGCGCGAGGCCACUCAGCUUACAUCGCAAUUCCUACAGCAGAACCAUGACGAUUACCACAUCUUCUUCAACAAUGAUGGCUUCCACAACCACAUUGCUCACCACCUGUUGACGGUUUGGGCACUGAGAGGGUCAGCCGAGGACCUGCGUCAAGCAUACGGGGACAACAAGACUUAUCAGCGCCCACAAAUGAAGCCGGACGAGUCCAUCAUCGACCGUCUGCAGGACGAGGCCUUCUUUGCCACCUACCUCGAGCCAGAGGAACACUAUUCCACCUUUCUUCUGUUCUUUCAGCGGGAGAUUGAGAAGACAAGCUGGCAGCAGGUCCUACAGAAGUACCUUCUGGCUGGAGACAAGCGCGCAAACGACUUGCUUGCUCGGACUUACGCUGGUUUCCUCCACCCGAUCAUUCAUCUUGGUUUUGGCAUUGAAUUUGGACAGCCAGCCAUCAUUGCCGAAGCACUAGCUCAAGCAGCCUGCCACGAUGCGUGGAUUGCGGAUUACUUUCUGCCUGCUGAAGAAGCUGCUCGGAAAGUGACGGACGUUGAUAAUCUGCCUUCGAUCGUGCAGCUCUUGGACGACAUUCGUGCCGACAAGCAGAUCUACGAAGCACCUCGUUGGUCUGAUGGAAACAAGAUCCGCGACGGUAUCAUGAAACGUGCUGGCGAUCGGAUGUUGAGUUACGCCGCAAAGGUCCGCGUCAAGCCCGAAGCACUUGCGGAGAAGACCGCCGAGAUGACCAACGCCGCGGCAUACUACACAGCCGGCGCACAGAAGAGCAACAAGGCGAUCAAAUACGACUUCUUCUUCAUCCACGAGCUGAACUGCUCCAUCUUCUUCUCCGCUUUCUUGAAGCAGGACUGGUUGAGCGACGCCGACAAGGCGCGACUGCUGGAAUGGAAGAUCCGCGCCGAUCUCAUCAUGUAUGCGUCACGGAAGUCGCCCGAGAUCCGGAUGCAAGACAUUCGCGACUACAAACCCAAGCAGCCCUCCGGGUUCGACGAGAUCGAAGACCGCGUGUGUCGCUUGCCGGACGACGGUCAUGCCUCGAAGUUGGUACGAGCGAUCGCUCACGGACAGAGCAUUUCCCAACCUUAUGAGGAUCGAGACAAUUUCCGACUCAAGCAUGAUGAUUGGCUUCAGCUAGCGCAUAUGGCGAUUGAUUCGGUCGAGAUGCCGGGAGCGACUUGGGUCCGUUCCGCUGGUUUCGACGAGGCAUGGAAGGACGUUCCCGCGCGAGCGCAACUCUGA